UGUGUUGGCAAGAAGGGGAAGUAUUUGACCACCGGUCAGGCUGUAACAGAGUUUGAGAGCAACAGGGCUGCUUACUUAGCAGCUCUGGGUUUCACAAGUGGCUCUGUGGGCUAACGAGACAUCCUGUGAGAAGCUGACCAGCCGGUGAACUGGGUGAAGUUGUAAUGUAUUGGUGAUACAUGGCCUUACAAGGGCAGCAGAGUGAUGUGGAGUCAUUUUGUUUCUGAAGGAAGUGAAGGCCACUGUCAGGGCAUAAUAUUGAACUAGGCUAGACCUGUUCUGGUCUGUCAGUCCAGUGCCGCUGCAUAGGAAAUGGCCACUCUCCCUAACAAAACUAGCUUUACAUUUACUUCCCACCUUCUUGCUUUCCCACGGUCUCCUUUGAUCCUCUGGUUCCUCCUUUCUUCCUUAAAUGCGCUUAUAUAGUUGGCUUCCGUGUAUUCUCAUGGUAACACAUUCCAUAUAUUCGCUUCUGCUUGAGGGAAACACUCCCCAUCCACCCACACAUGUAAGAGUGCUCCGGGCCAAACUCUGAUCACUUCUGUGUCAAUGUGAACCCGAGCAGCUCCACUGACUCUGGCCCUUGCUGCUUUGGGGUCACAACUGCAUAGCUCUGAGUAUAACGUGGUCCUUUGACUGGACUGAAGGGUCAGGGGAGGCUGGUUUGAGCCGCCCACGUCACACAGACAGAAAUAUCUGUUCUGUAAACAGUUCUCCUCCUCGGCGAGGUAUGCUGUGGAAUAGGGUUUUGCUUUUCACGGGUUUUGCAAAUUGCAGAGAAGCUGUCUGUAAUGCGGAGGAACAGUGUAUGCUGAAUAACGAGGCAUAAUUGAUUCUUUCUCGUAUCCCGGCUCUUUACAAAUGCAUACAAUGGAGCAAGCACGAUGAUUUCUUAGCAGCACAGGAACACCGUAGCUGAAAUUCAAGCCUGGGGAAAAGGAGGGAGGUGUGGUGAGGUGUUGAGCGAACACACUUGGCAGAGCUGGAUCACUGACACGACGAAGCUCCCGGCGUUUCUGUCUGGGCACUGCUCUGCGGAUGCUCACCCUGCUCUUACCUGAGUUGACAAAAGCCCCCUGUAUGGACUGAGCCACCACUUUUCUCCAGAAAUCGCGCUUUCAGUGCUUGCCUUUAAUUGUCGCUUAGCAGGCAGUAGAGCAGUGCCGAGACUAACAGACCCCUCUGCAGUGUGUGCUGGUAGGGUGUGUAACUCCAGACCACCAACCUAGAGUAAUUUGCUGUACUCCAACCCCCCUUCUUCUGGGGGUGGGGCGGAGUAGUAUUUUUUUUUUAGGUAUGAAAUUUACAGGAUCUCCAAUCAAAUUAAAGGUGUCCCAGGGUCAACCCGUCAAACUAAAUUGCAGCCUCGAGGGAAUGGAAGAUCCUGAGAUGUUGUGGAUCAAGGACGGAGAAGUGGUGCAAAGCGUAGACCAGGUGUACAUUCCAGUAGAUGAAGAGCACUGGAUCGGCUUCCUCAGCUUGAAAUCCGUCGAGCGGACAGAUUCUGGGAAGUACUGGUGCCAGGUUGAGAACGGGGGGAAGAAGGAAGAAUCACAGCAAGUGUGGCUCAUAGUGGAAGGUGUGCCGUACUUUACUGUGGAACCUGAGGAUGUGUCCGUGUCCCCUAAUGCCCCAUUUCAUAUGGCCUGUGCUGCUGUUGGUCCCCCUGAACCAGUGACAAUUGUCUGGUGGAUGGGAGACUCUAGAGUGGGGCUUCCAGACAUCUCCCCCUCCAUCUUAAAUGUGUCAGGUAUUAAUCAAAGCACAGUUUUCUCCUGCGAAGCUCACAACGUAAAGGGAUUGUCUUCAUCUCGGACAGCCACUGUUCAAAUUAAAGCCAUGCCUCUCCCGCCUCUCAAUGUAACUGUAAGCCAAGUCACCAGCAGCAAUGCCAGCGUGGUCUGGGUGCCAGGAUUUGAUGGCCGUGCACCCCUCCAUUCUUGCACUCUUCAGGUAGCUGAGUCACCAGAUGGCCAGGAGGUCUCCACUGAAGUCACCCCAGUGCCACCCUUUGCCUACGGCGUGCAAGGCCUGAAACAUUCCACCAACUACAGCGUUCGUGUGCAGUGCAGCAAUGAGAUGGGUAGCUCCCCUUUCACCGACAGGGUUUAUUUCCAGACCCUGGAGCUUGCUCCAAGCAGCACUCCACAGAAUAUCCAUGUUAUCCAAAGAGAUCCUGGUCUGAUUUUGGAGUGGGAAGGUGUGGCUCCAGAUGUGCUGAAAGAAAAUGUCCUGGGAUACAGGCUGGAGUGGAUUCAGGAUAAUGUAACUCAGGGGGAGAUGAUCGUACAGGAUACAAAAGCUAAUCUCACAACGUGGAAUCCUCUCAAGGACCUGAUCAUCAGGGUGUGUGUGCUGAACUCUGCAGGAUGCGGGCCCUGGAGUGACUUCUUCCUGCUUGAAGCUCAAGAGGUCAUGGGUGGCCAGAGACAACCUCCUUAUGGAACGUCCUGGGUUCCUGUGGCAUUGGGCAUUCUCACAGCUCUGGUCACGGCUGUUGCCCUGGCUCUCAUUCUCCUUCGGAAAAGAAGAAAGGAGACUCGGUUUGGCCAUGCCUUUGGCAGUGUGGUUGGCAGAGGGGAUCCAGCAGUCCAUUUCAGAGCUGCCAGGUCUUUCAACAGGGAGGGCCCAGAGCUCAUUGAAGCAACAUUGGAGAGUGUGGGCAUCAGUGACGAGCUGAAGACGAAACUCAAAGAUGUCCUAAUCCAGGAACAGCAGUUCACCUUGGGAAGAAUGUUGGGCAAGGGGGAGUUUGGGUCAGUUCGAGAGGCACUACUGAAGCUAGAUGAUGGCUCUUUCCAGAAAGUGGCAGUGAAGAUGCUAAAAGCGGACAUCUUUACCUCAACUGACAUCGAGGAGUUUCUGCGAGAGGCUGCGUGUAUGAAGGAGUUUGACCACCCUCAUGUCACGAAGCUGAUCGGAGUCAGUCUUCGGAGCCGUCCCAAGGGCCGUCUCCCAAUUCCCAUGGUGAUCCUGCCCUUCAUGAAGCAUGGAGACCUUCAUGCUUUUCUGCUGAUGUCACGGAUUGGGGAAAACCCUUUUAAUUUGCCUGUUCAGACACUCCUCAAGUUCAUGAUUGACAUUGCCAGUGGGAUGGAGUACUUGAGCUCAAAAAAUUUCAUACACAGGGACCUCGCAGCUCGGAACUGCAUGUUGGAUGAGAACAUGAACGUGAGUGUUGCAGACUUCGGGCUUUCCAAGAAAAUCUACAGUGGAGACUACUACCGUCAGGGCUGUGCUUCCAAGCUGCCAGUGAAGUGGCUUGCUCUGGAAAGUCUGGCGGAUAAUCUGUACACAACACACAGUGAUGUGUGGGCCUUUGGGGUGACCAUGUGGGAGAUUGUGACCCGAGGGCAAACCCCUUACGCUGGCAUUGAGAAUGCAGAAAUCUACAACUACCUCAUCAGCGGGAACAGGCUGAAGCAGCCGCCGGAGUGCCUGGAAGAUGUCUACGAUCUCAUGUGCAGAUGUUGGCAUCCUGAGCCCAAGCUACGCCCCAGCUUCGCAGUGCUCCGCUCUCAGCUGGAGAUGAUUCGGGGGAGGAUGUCCGCGCUCUCUUCCAGUCAAGAUCCUCUCUAUGUCAACAUUGGGAAGGACAAAGAGGUGUCUACGAGUGACCCUGCCCUGCACGCCUCCUUUGGAAACACGGACGGUGAAGAAACUGUUGCUGGGGCAGCUGCUGCUGUCACAAGUGACUAUCGCUACAUCAUGAGCCCCUUGUGCCUUGGAGAUGAUGCCGAGGGUGAAAGGCACCCAGAUGGGCAGGAAGGGGAGGACAAAAGCCUUCUGUGUGAGCUGGAGACAGAAGGAGAGAAAAGUUGUUAGCCUGUACAUAGCAGUGACACUCUGCUUCCCUGGGAUGGGAUGUGUGCAGCCGCAGCGCCGUGUCGCCUGGGGCUCUGAUGCUGGAUCUGAAAUGGCUUUGAACAGUACUCCUGGGCAGCUUUUGUAGCUUUCACCACCUGUGUGGGCUGCAGUGGUGGAUGGCUCGGAAGGACCACAACCCUGACAACCCCUUGGAUUUGGGGGAGGUGGGCUGUAGGGUUACAGAUUGAUUGCAUCCAGCUGAAAGGAGUUCAGAGCUAAGGUGGGCAGUGAGAGUCUGCUCCUCUGAUGGCUGGAGCAGAGCAGAACACACCUUCUGUUCAGUCAGUGCUCGCUCUUGUGUAGAUGUUGUCUUCGAUCCUGGCUGCGUGACUUCGGGACUGGUACCUCUGAAAACACUAGUGGGUAUUUACACUGUCGUUCAGGACAAGAGGGCAAAAUUCCCCUUGUGUUUCGCUCUGCAGUACUGCCUAGACUUGUUGCCUACCUCAGUGGUUCUCAAACUGAUCUGCAGAUCUGCUUCUACCCAGCACUGAAUUUGAGCAUCUGGCUUACUUCAUGCAGUGACACUUGCUGCUUCCUCAGUUUGGGGCUCUUUUCAGAGUUUCAGACACCUUGGUGAGCGAUGAAAUUAGAAAAAAUGAAAAUCCAGCAUCCCUUUUCACCCCACAUAUCUCUUUUAUGUCUUUCUUCUGUUUGAUGCCAAUUCAGGCCUGACCAGACUUGCAGCUGGCAUUAAAAUGCAAAGGGAGGGAGAGCAACUGGCAUGUGUGAGGACAGAAUCCAACUUCAAAGGGAUGGAAAGGAAGCAGUGUAGAGAGGACUUAACAGCAGUAUGGGGAAACAGUGCUAAUUAAUACUAAGUGCUGCCCUCCAGGAGAGGAAGGAGACAGCUUAGCUACAGAAUGGCAGACUUGCUUCGGUUUCAGCGGGAGCAGGAUUCAGCAUUUGCUUUAAAAUAGGACUCGUUUAAUCUUUCUCUUUAACAGUCCUAUGACUUUUUCAAAUAACCAAGUGCUGUAGCUGCUGCAGUGACAGUGUGAAAUUGGUUUUGGGAAGGUGUGUGUGUGUUGGGGAGAAGGGAUUAACUGUGAGAUCUCUCUGAAGAGAGAGUCCUCAUGAUGAGAAAGCUUGAGAACCACUGGCCUUCCUAGUUAGGAGGUCUUCUGGCAUGCUGUAAAAGUCACAUCAGAACAUAGACUAGUAUCACUGCAGCCUUCCAGAUAGGGCAAAAUUAAUGGUUUUGCCCUUCAGGUUUUGUUUUGUUUUCCAAUCAGCAUGUCUGACUCACUAUAACUGCAAGUGCUUGUGUGGUUUUUAAUAAUUUAAUAAUAUUUUACUGUAAAUCAGCAUUUGUUUUGUGCAGUGGUUCUCAGCAAGGAAGUGCAGUUACAUCUUACUCUACUGAUCCUAAAUAUUUGCUAGAUCUUAAUUUUUUAUUUCCAGUGCGCUGAAAACUCAGUAGUAUCACAAGACUUAAGAUUCCACUUGGCUCUUUCUCAGAAACGAAUUCCACAAACGUCAUCAUUUGCUGAGUUGGCAAAGGUGGGACCAGUUAAGUCAAAAGAGAUUGCAGACUUGAUACCAGAACACUCCGCCUUUUGAUGCCCUGUAUUUGUGUAUUGUAAAGCUUGGGGCUAGCUACAAAUUUCGGGUCCAGUUUCAGCCCUUAAUGAGAACACUUCCUAGGGAAGGGGAAUUUCAGCCUGGGGCGUGGGCAUGGGUCCUUUCUGUAAAGUGAUGUCCUCCAGAUGUCUCCCAAAGUUCGGUACCGUUUCUCAGUUGCAGAUACAAACUGCACCGUCUUAUACCCCAGGCAGUACAGAGUUUUCUCUUCGUUUAGCUGGAAUACUGUAAAUGCAGGUGAGAAGAUAACACCUAACAAAGGGUAACAAGAAACCUGUGCAGUGCACGUUUGCAGUGAAGGCAGAAGGCUAUGCUCCCUGCAGCUGCCUGGGAAGCGCAGAUGUACAUAUAGACUCUAACUUUGGGAAGCAUGUUGUUAGUUUUUAUGCAUUUUUUUAAUAAUAAAACAUGUACUGUGUCUGAG